AUGUCAAUCGAAAUGGAUAAUUUCGAUCUAAUCAAGAUUCAGAAGGACGGUGGGAUGCUCAUUACCUUCCGUUUUCAAGACAGCAACAGCGUUGAUGAUAUUGAUUUUGCUCUUCGAAAUGUAUUAUCCAUUCAAAAGAAUCUCAGCUAUUCCUUAAGUUAUAAGAAUAAAGAUACUGGUCAAGACAUUUACAUUGUGGCCAAUGGAAGCAUGCUACGUCAAUGUCUCAAAGAAAAUAUUAAUCAAUUGGAUUUAUUUGUGACUCCACGAACUCCUGCUUCAUUGUCAUCAUCGCCAUCCAAUAGCAAUAGUCAAGAACGCGACAAUCUAGUACAACGAUGGCCUGAACUGAUGAAAAAUAUUGAUCGUCGAAUUCAGCGUUGGACAAGUCGUUCAGUGUUGGACGCGUGCUCGGUUGACCAAUGCAAUGAUACACCAUUGGCACGAUGCUUUUCGACAUUUUUUGACGCAUUCAAAUUGAUUGACAAUGACCAAUGUGAUGAGAUAUUAGCGACAUAUUUGACUGAAAUUCAAAGCUGUAAUUAUUUCGAUGAUACAGAAAAAUAUUUAGAAAAUCUUGAAAUACCACAGUCAGUCGGUGAAGUUUAUGAAUACUUUAAAAAUGAAUUAAUCUCGUUAAAAAAAACUUUCACAGAUUUACGACAUGGUUCUGAUGAAAAGCGCAAAACUGCAACAUAUUUAUAUCAAUCACUAUGUAACACAAUAAUAAUUCACUUUUAUGAGUCAAAACUCGAAAAAUUUCCAGUCGAACUAGAUAUCAAUGCUCCAUCAUGGAUUUUCUCGCCAUUUGAAAAUAAAAUCGACUUUGAAUCUUUCAUCAUUCCAGAUAUGUCGCAUGAACUAUUCAUACCGUUAGAUUUAGAAUUUUCUCGUCUUCGUAAAUAUUUACAAGAA